AUGGCACAAGCUUGCAGAGACUGGCAUGUAACGCGCAAAGUUUUCAGCGGCUGGAGACGAUGGGCCAAGAAAAUCCAAAACGACAAGAUCAUGGCGGAGGAAAUCCAAAAAGCAAAGACGCUGCGCCUUUUCGAGUCUCGAGUCACAAAGCAAAAGGAUGAAAUCCUCAUCACAAGGGUAUUCACAGCGUGGCGUCUGUUUGCGAAGCAAGAAUGCGAGCGGCGCAAGCUCCUCGAAGCCGAACAAGAAAUGAAAAGCAAAAUGGAGAGUUUACUCUCGAAGCUGAAACAGCGGACACACCCACUAGAAGAUAUUGAAGAUACGCCGGAAGUAACUCCGAUCAUACCAUUCUAUCCCGCAGACGGAAGUCAAAAAGCGACCCCACAUGAGGAUUAUCCUCAGACGGAUCAGUCGACUACAGCUUGUGAUACCAAGGCUAUGAUAAAAAAUUUCCAGGACGAAUUCAAGCUUCUGAAAGCUCAGCGGACUCGCGAUGAUCGUUUACGUAAAAAACAAGAAUCUUCUCUCAUCUCGGAGAGUAAGCCUGAGACGCCAUCGAGCAAGAGAGUGGUCUCGAAGACAAUCGAGUCGCUGGUGAAGCCUCACAAAAGUGUGUUGAGUAUGGAAGAGCGAAAACUCGAACGGGAGAAGCGGAAAAACGAAAUCAUCGCUUUGAAAAAGAAGAAAGAAGAAGAACUAGAAGCAAAAAAGCGGGAAGAGCGAAGAAUCGCAAACGAACAAGCUCUCCAAGAGAGAAAACGAAAGCGAGAAGAGCUCAUCGCGCAGAAGCAGGCGAAAGAAAACCAAGAAAAACUGAAGCAAGAAGCCAAACAAAAAGCACAAGAAAAUAUCAAACGAGCAAACGAACAUCACAAAAGACUACUGAAAAGAAGGUCACUAAACGCUUUGAAAGUUUGGAGCAUCGCGGAGAAAGCGAAAAACACUGAAAAGGUCAAAACUGCGCGACUUGAAAAGCUCCGGCCUCUUUUAACUCGCUGGAGUGAGUUUGUCCAGCAAAAACUAACAGCGAAUCAACGAACUGCCGACCAUUUCCGCUACCAAAAACUUACUUCAAAUAUAAUCACCCACUGGAAAUUAAUCAAAGAAAUUGAACAUUUCCAACAAAACCGCGCCGAUGCUUUUUACAAGGCGAAACUUCCACGAAAGUGCAUCGCUCUCUGGAGUCAAGAAGUCAUGAACAAUAAAGUUGAAUUAUGGCGCGGAGAAAAGAUCGCUGUUGCUCAUCACAAUAAAUCGUUACUAUCCAUUUCAAUAAAAAUGUGGAGAAAGCUAAAGAAAUUCAACGAAGAAGAGAAGAAACGCGAAGACCGGCGCAACAAACUCCGACAUUUGGUCAAAGAAGUCAUCGAAGAUUUCUGA